ACACAGACACACACACUCUCUCUCCCUCCCUGUAUCUCCUGGAGUCCCACUCUCUCUUUUUCUCUCUCUCCUUAAGUUUAGAGAUGGGCUGGUCCUCGGAGUGAUGUCACCUCACUCCUGCACGGGCGUUCAUUCCACCCACAGCGAGCAUCGCUUUCCCAAAACGCAAACGCAGCUUUACGCACGGCUAUGUGACCGCGGAGGAGCGACUUCACUCGUGGAGCAUUGGAUUGUAAACUCUGUUGUGAUAUUUACGAAACUCCAUUUGCCCGUCGGGGAAAUCUGAAGCACCCAUCAUCAUGACGGGCUUCCUAUUUGGGCCGAUUCGUGCAUACAGGUACGGUGCCUUAUGUGGGUUUGACUCUAAUGGUACUGAUCUUGAGCGUUACGCACGAAAUACCUCUGCGCGUUAGUGGAAACCAGACCAGCGCACCCGGGCUUAGCUGUUUUGGGACAGAACAGGGUGCGAAAGAACCAACAUGAUACGAAAUAACAAAAUUGAGCCGGAAUGGAUUUAACCCACUAUAAUCGGUCGGUGGAAAACGUCUCCAACGAUGAGAACACCACGGACGCAGCGUUUGCAUUUCCACAUACGAUUUCAGCCACUGCGCUCAUCAUCGUGGUUGUUUCCGUGAUCAUUCUGGUGACUAUUGUGGGUAACGUGUUGGUGAUUGUAGCGGUGCUGACCAGCCGGGCUCUCCGUCCGCCCCAGAACCUUUUCCUGGUCUCCCUGGCUUCAGCGGACAUCCUGGUGGCCACGCUGGUCAUCCCAUUCUCGCUCGCCAAUGAGGUCAUGGGAUACUGGUACUUUGGGAGUACUUGGUGCGCUUUUUAUUUGGCCCUGGACGUCUUGUUCUGCACCUCAUCCAUAGUGCACCUGUGCGCUAUCAGCCUGGACCGCUACUGGUCUGUGACUAAGGCGGUCAGUUACAACCUGAAGCGGACACCUAAGCGCAUUAAGUCCAUGAUCGCCAUAGUGUGGAUAAUAUCUGCUGUCAUAUCCUUCCCUCCUCUCCUCAUGACCAAACACGCCGAGCGGGAGUGUUUGUUGAACGAUGAGACCUGGUACAUCCUCUCCUCCUGCUUGGUGUCCUUCUUUGCUCCGGGUCUUAUCAUGAUUCUGGUUUACUGCAAGAUAUAUAAGGUGGCCAAGCAGCGCUCCUCCACCGUGUUCGUGGCUAAAAACGGACUGGAAAGACAGCCGUCUCAGUCAGAGACCUGCUUCGUCCCGAAACAGGACCGGUUCGAGAUGGAGAGCCCCAGCAGCCAGAGUUCCGGCAGCAACCAGCCGAGGCAAGGUGAGUUGGAUGACAUCGACCUGGAGGAGAGCUGCUGCGCGUCGGAUACCAAACCACGCAAUCACCGCUUCACCAAGAGGAGAAAAGUGGAAGGAUCGGACUGCUGCCCUCCCCAGAACUGCCGCCUCUCUUGGGCUUCAGCCCGGGCGUUACAGCUCUACCCGGAGCAGAAGAACCAGGCUCGGAGGCAACAGCUGGCAGCAGCCAACAAAACUAAAGUGGCCCAGAUGCGGGAGAAACGUUUCACUUUCGUUCUGGCUGUAGUAAUGGGGGUGUUUGUACUCUGUUGGUUCCCUUUUUUCUUCACCUAUAGCCUACAUGCUAUCUGCAGAGACAGCUGCUACAUCCCUGGUGCACUUUUUAACCUCUUUUUUUGGAUUGGAUACUGCAACAGCUCUGUGAAUCCAAUCAUUUACACUAUUUUCAACAGGGAUUUCAGGAAAGCAUUCAAGAAAAUCAUAUGCAGGACUUCAAAACGCACAUAAACCCGAAGAGGGUUCCUUGGACUAAUAUUUUGUUUGGCCUCAUUCACUCAGCUGUGCUGAGAAGGAAGGAACUAUUGGAACUCAUUUCAUGGCUGACUGUUUUCCCUUCAAAAAAACAUUUUACUUUAACUACUGUUGUAUGGGGGAAAAAAAGCAGUGUUGUGUAAAAAAUACAUUAAAAAGUCUAUGAAUAAAUUGUAAAUUUGAGCAAAACAAAAAAGACAAAUAAUUUUCCUUUUUAGGUGAUGCAAAUAUGGUCUGAGAUAAAAAAAAAAAUGGAAACAGUUGUGCAACUUGAGAUAUAAAAGUUACAAUAUAUAGGUCAGUGUAUAAUGUGUCCUGCAAACCUGAUCCUGUGAACAAGAAAGAGACUAAUAUUUUAUUCUGCAGCAAGCAGAGGGAAAAAAGCUACUCCAGAGAGAAAUUGAAUGUGGCUGGCUUCCCGUGGUGGAGGCUGGUUCAAAGUGGGUGUUUUGUGUUGGGAUAUAAAGAAGAUUGAUCCGCUUCAUCUAUAAGAUAUGAGCAGAGGGAUAAGAAAGUAGAGGCUGUGAGUGAGUAAGUGUUUGUAUGUGCGUGUGUGUGUGUGUGUGUGUGUGUGUGUGUGUGUGUGUGUGUGUGUGUGUGUGUGCGCAUGUGUGCGUGCAUUUGUGUGUGUGUGUGUGUGUGUGUGUGUGUGUGUGUGUGUGUGUGUGUGUGUGUGUGUGUGUGUUGGUCAUGGAAGAAAGUUAAAUUAAUUCUUGGAAUGAUUUAAAGAGGCUUUAUCACCAUGUGGUGGAAAUAUGUGGCAUUAUCACAGGUAAUUCAGAUUGAUCUGUUUACAUGCUGCAGUGAAAGCUACAGCAAGGCUCCCUUCUUAUCACUGAACCCCCAAAUUUACGUAAGAGUUUUAUCUCGCAACCCAACCAAAACAUCACACCAGCUCACUGCAGAACAAUGGCAAAGCUGAGGGCUGAGUGUGCUAAAUCUGCUGGAUAAAUCUGUGUUUUUCAUUUCAACACCUCAGUAAAUAUUUAAACCUUGCGACAUCACAAUCCUGCUAUAUAACCUGGAUUUAGUGUCAUGGGACAGAGAUCAUUUGUGGGUUAUUUCCUAGCAAUAGUACACCAUUAUAUUGAACAAAAAUCCUAAUUCUAAAGUAUUUUUUUUUUGUUUUUCUCACAAAUAAAAAGGUUGAAGACAAUGUGAGAAAAAAGGUGAACUGGACAUGACAAACUAUGUGAGAAUCCUGAGAAAGCGGGAGGAUGCUCACUUGUGACACAUAAAUAGAAUAAUCCUGCCUCCUCGGUCUUAAAAAUAAAAUCUCUGCGCACAGUUAUUGCUAGUAAAGCUGGACUUCCAGCAGCUUCAAAUCUUCAUGAUUCAUUGAAACAUCUUUACAUAUAGCAACUAAGCUUCAGGCUGUAAUCCUCUGCUUUAUAAAGCUUCAUCAUUUGUGGAAAUUAAGGUAUUAUGGUUUCAAAAUCAUCUUAAUUUAAAUGACAUAUGUUGUGGUUAGAUUGAAGGGAUAUACAUAUAUGAACUAAACUUUUUUUCCAUACAGCCUCAGACUGCAGUCAGACAAUGAAGCAUCUGGGACAUACAGUGUAUGUGAAAGGUCGACAAUAUAUGAUGGAGCUUGCACACGGAGCCCUGUGCUUCUGUGGGAAAACUAGGGUUAGAGAGAAGACGGCUGACCAGCUCCAUAUCAGCUUAUUGUCUGCAUGGGGUGCACUAUUUAUAUCCUCUUAGGAAUGUCUUCAAAGCACUCCUACGGCUUACUGGCGCCUCGCCAAAGAUAAUUAUCCUGUUUGAAGGGUGUCAUGCUUAAAAAGAAUUCUAAAAAAGUUGCAUCAAGUGAUUUUUUUUUAGCCCGUAUUGAGGAGACAGUUGUUAAAAUAUCAUCAAGAGGAACAGGAGUGAAGGUGCAUGCACGCUUACUUUCAGCAGCAACAUUUGAGUCAUAAACACAAUCAGAUAGAAGUAGGGCUGGUGUGAUGAAGGAAACUGUACCUCAAAGGGAUUCUCAAACUCUUGAUACAAAUUAAAUGUGCGGGCCUUGUUGUGCUCAGGAGAGGCAGUUAAAUUAGAUUUGCAUCCUGUCUCCAUCUUGAAACCUACUGAGGUGGAAGUGAUGUUAAUUUGGACACGUGUAAGUUAAUGCAAUGUUGUUGUGUGUUACAGGUAACUUAAUUUCUCAAGAGAGCACGGCCAUCACUCUUAAUGUCUGUUGCAUCGUCUGACGAGUAAAUAUUUACAUGAACACUCAUGUAAUUUCCUCUCCGAUUUUAUACUGAGAACUAUCCAACAAGACAAGCUAGUCCCUUGUUAAAUCUUGCUUCCAAAUUCAAUUAUCUUUUUAAUCAACUGCUCCACAUGCAGCAACAAAAAACUGAGCACAAUUUUAGCUGGUCUGUUCUCUGUCGCGCACUUCAGCUGUGUGUCUUAUUUUAGAUAGAUUUGUUACUGUAAUGAGGUUUUUGAUUGGUACAACUGUUGAAACUAUUAUCCAAGUCUGUCGUCUUCAGCACUUUGUUACUACACUUUCAAAGCAACAUAUUAAAGGGGCGCUUUACAAUAAAUGAGGUGCUAAGCCCCAGUCGUUGUAAACCACUGUAGAUCUUUCACUUUUUGUUUCUAAGCUCUGCAGAAAUCUCUCUGAGAUUGUUUUGCUUUACUGAUAAUUGAGCUGAAUUUUGUCUUUGUCAUUCAAACAGUGAAUAUCAACAAUUAAUUCAUCUUA